CCAAUCUCUCCCCUUUCCCUCACAUCCAUCCAUCACCCUCUCUCCCACACAAGCCCUCCGCGCCAUCUUUGACGUUCCUUCCGUCGAGGCUGCCUUGCUCCUUCAUCUGAGCAUCGAGCUAGACACAUUGCUCCGCACCCUCCUUAUCACGCACGCAGCCUGUUUUUGACACGCACGCAACUCCAAUCACCUCUACUCACACAUCCACACACACACACACCACCUCAAGGCCUACCGCUUCGAAAGCAAUUUCCAUCACAGCCUUCUACCAACCGGGUACAACUUGUCUCUGAGACCUUCCAAAGUAUAACACGCACUGCACGUGCACCCCUGACAGCUUGAGCUAGCCCAUCAUGGACCAGCAACAGCAACAGCAGCCUCCGGCGGCGGCGGGCCAGCAGCAGGCUCCGGCCCAGGCUCCUCAACAAGCACCACCUACCGGUGGUGUCCAUGGUCCUGCUGGUCGGCGCCUCCAUAUUGCUCAUAGGAGAAGUCCUUCAGAGCUCACGCCGCUCAUGAGCAUGUUUGCCAAUCCCGGAAUGGAACAGCUAGCUAUCCAGCAACAAAUCGAGCUCCUACAGCAGCAACAGCAACAGCUUCAAGCUACUCAUCAGCAAUAUAUGAACAUGGGCAUGAUUGCCCCUGGUCAGAUCGCUCCGGGCAAUCAGUUCAACCCGUUGCAACCCAACAUGGGCAACAUCGCGCCGCAAAACGCAUUCCAGUUUCCGCCUCAGCAGCAGAACAUCCCCAUGGGUGGCACUCCAAGCCAGCCAAUGACACAUCGCCGUAAUCAGUCGGCAAUUCCUAACAUGAACGUGGGACCGCCCCCUGCCCCAUCUUCGGGAGCAUCCGGCUCAGCCUUUGGCCAGUUCGAAAGUCCUGCAGGCCAAGGGCGCGGCGAGAAUGCUACUCGUGGCGGUCGGGGUGGCUCUGGUGGUGGUCAUCAGCGCCGGCACUCCUUGGCUCUGGCCGACGCAAAGAAGGCUGCCGAGCUCGCGCAGCAGAAGAAAACCACCUCUGGUUUCUCGUUCCCCGCCGCUCCCGACCCGAAUGCCGAAGAGACGAAACCUGCUCCCGUCGAUACCCCCAUCGCUCAAGGCUCGACUACUCGUGGUGGCCGCGGUGGGCAUGGCAGAAGUCAGAGCAUGGCUGUAGGCAGCGGCACGCGGGGUGGCGGUGCUGGCCGUGGUGAUAGUGACGCCAACCGUCGUGGAGGUCAUGGCCGAACAGCGUCGCGCAACUUUGAGGGCAACUGGCGCAACCAAGCUCAGACUCAGGGUGGCGAGCAGCAGGGCCAGCAAGGUAGUUUCCAACCAGGCCACCGCUCUCGUGGCUCAGUCAACCAGUCCAUCUCAGGCAUGGGCGCCUUCCAGUUCCCGGCGCAGCCACAGCUCAUGCAAAUGCCCGGCCAGAUCCCCCUGAUGCCUCAGAUGUAUCCCGGUGGACAGCUCAACCCCAUGCAGAUUAGCCAGCUGCAAGCUCUGCAGGCUGCACAGAUGGGCGGUCAGCAGUUUGUUGGCCUCCAAGGCAGCCAGCACGCUGCGCAGAUGGGCGGCCAGCAGUCACAGCAGCAACAGCGCAAGACACUUUUUACACCAUACCUACCGCAAGCCACGCUCCCUGCGCUGCUCGGGGACGGCCAGUUGGUUUCUGGUAUCCUCCGUGUCAACAAGAAGAACCGUAGUGAUGCCUACGUCACCACAUCUGAUGGACUCCUAGACGCCGAUAUCUUCAUUUGCGGUAGCAAAGACCGCAACAGAGCUCUGGAAGGCGAUCUCGUCGCAGUCGAGCUUCUUGAUGUCGAUGAGGUUUGGUCGCAGAAGCGCGAGAAGGAGGAGAAGAAGAAACGCAAAGAUAUUACCGACACCCGCUCCGGAUCAGUUAGUGGCACUGCCCCUUCCACCUCGGCCAAUGGUGACGAUAACAAUGCGUCCGAGGGUGGUCUGCGCCGCCGUGGAAGUCUCCGCCAGAGGCCCACACAGAAGAAGAAUGACGAUGUCGAAGUGGAGGGCCAAAGCCUACUGCUUGUCGAAGAGGAGGAAAUCAACGACGAGUCGAAGCCUCUCUAUGCUGGCCACAUUGUAGCUGUCGUUGAACGUGUACCUGGUCAGAUGUUCUCCGGAACCCUCGGUCUUCUCCGACCCAGCAGUCAAGCUACCAAGGAGAAGCAGGAGGCGGAGCGUGCCGCUCGCGAUGGUGGUCGCGCCCAGGAGAGCCGGCAACAGGACAAGCCCAAGAUUGUGUGGUUUAAGCCGACCGAUAAGCGUGUGCCUCUGAUUGCUAUUCCUACGGAGCAGGCACCGCGUGACUUUGUCGAGAAACACCAGGACUAUGCCGACAGAAUCUUCGUCGCCUGCAUCAAGCGCUGGCCCAUUACCUCGCUGCAUCCCUUCGGCACGUUGGUGGAGCAGCUUGGCAAGAUGGGUGACCUCAAGGUCGAGACGGAUGCGCUGCUCAGGGACAACAACUUCUCCUCUGAGGAGUUCUCCGAAGCUGUCCUCCGCAGCGUUGGUCUCCAGGAUUGGUCCCUCGAGAAGGAGGACGAAGCAGCGGUCGGUAAUCGCCGCGACUUCCGCGACGAGACUACCUUCACUCUCGACAUUGCUGGCAACGGCACCUUGAGCAAUGCUGUUCACUUGAAGACCGAGGCCGAUGGCAAGAUUGAGAUUGGUAUUCACGUUCCAGACGUCUCGCACUUCGUCAAGCCCAACUCGCUCGUGGACCGUGAGGCCAAGAAGCGUGGUACCGCUGUGCAGUUGGUCAACCGUGUGUGUGCUCUGCUACCCCCGAAGAUUGCCUCCGAGCUCUGCACUCUUACCCCCGGCGAGGACAGGCUGACUGUUAGCGUUGUCUUCCGGGUCAACCCCCACACUGGUGCGGUCGCCGAAGGAGACACUUGGGUCGGCAAGAGUAUCACGAAGAGUGCCGCGAAGCUCUCGCUCGCCGAGCUUGACGCUGGCCUUGAGGCAGGCGCGGAGUUCAAGCAUGACGCCGUUUCCGCGAAAGAUCUUCAGAUCCUCAACGUUGUCGCCCAGAAACUGCGAGAAUCGCGUCUGGGAAGUGAUGGAGAACCCAUUGCACCCCUUCGCCUGCUGCAUGGACUCGACGAUGAAAUCAUUCCGAUUCAGCAGAACAUUUUCGACUGUACAACCGGCACUGAGCUGGUGGAGGAGCUCUUCCACAAGGCCAACGUCGCUGUUGCUCAGAAACUCGCAGAAGGUCUACCCGAGAAGGCCCUUCUCCGUCGCCAGGCUGCGCCGAAUGCUCGCCGCCUGCAGACCUUUGUCGACCGCAUGAGAGCUCUUGGAUACGACAUGGAUACCACCAGCAGUGGUACACUUCAGAACAGCCUGUUCAAGGUCGAAGAUGCUGAUUUCCGCAAGGGCAUGGAGACGCUCUUGAUCAAGAGCAUGAACCGUGCCAAGUACUUCAUUGGUGGUAAGACCAAUAAGCAGCUCUGGCCCCACUAUGCUCUGAACGCGCCGCUAUACACUCAUUUCACUGCGCCUACUCGGCGCUAUGCUGACAUCAUUGUCCAUCGCCAACUUGAGUCUGUCCUUUCCGAAGGCGCCAUCGAGUACAACGAGGACAUUGAGAAUCUUGUCAAGACCAUCGAGUCUUGUAACACGAAGAAGGACUCUGCACAAAAUGCCCAGGAGCAGAGCAUCCACAUUGAGUCCUGCCGGGCAAUGGACCAGAAGCGUCAGGAGGCUAACGGAGAUCUGAUUGCCGAGGGCAUUGUGCUCUGCGUUUACGAGUCCGCGUUCGAUGUUCUCAUUCCCGAAUGGGGCUUCGAGAAGCGGGUGCACUGCGACCAGCUGCCUCUGAAAAAGGCCGAAUUCCGCAAGGAGAAGCGCGUGCUGGAGCUGUACUGGGAGAAGGGCGUUCCCAGCUCUGCGUACGUCCCCGAGGAUGAGAGGCCAAAGGCCCAGGCAUCACAGAGAAUGACCAACGCCAUGGCCGCUGCACGCCACGCUGAGCAAGCGGAGCGGGCCAAGAAGGAACGUGAGGAGGCGACCCGCAAGCAGACCGAGACCGGUACCAUGUCGACUGACGACGUCGACGCCCUGUUUGAUGACGAUGACGAGGACAACGCAUCUGACAUCACGGAGGCCAUGGCCGGUGCUUCGUUGGCUGAGCGGCCAACCCAGAGUGUUCCCGGGUCGCCUACUCGUGGCACCGCCGACGCCUCUGGCAACCUUCACCGUACUCGCUCAGACUCGAAGGUGCCUGUUGCCGAGCCUGUCGAGGGUCGUCUGACGAACAAGGAAAAGUACCUCAAGUUCUUCUCGCUGAGAGAGGAGGGUGGCGAGUACAUCCAGGAUGUCACUGAGAUGACUCGUGUGCCCGUCAUCCUCAAGACUGACCUCUCAAAGAGCCCACCUUGCUUGACGAUCCGGUCGCUGAACCCUUACGCCUUGUAAAUUCGAGAUUCACCAUGGGAUGUGGAGUGUGUCCAGCCUGAUGGCUUUGGCAUGCCUGCAAGAGAUGGAGAUGGGAUGAAGCGCCAUCCAUUGUCCACGCCAAUGCUUGGCGACUGGGAGGCGACGGGCUACACCGCUACAGAUAACAUGAGAAACUGAGGGCCGUGCUCCACUAGGACCGCUGGCCAUGCGACAGGGUAGAGAAAAUGGGGAGCUGAACUGUAAGCAUAUGCUAUGCAGGGGAAUGCUGAGGGGUCUGGGACUAUAAUAUCAACAAAGACUGUGGCAUGCAGAGGCUACGAGCUCGAAGGAUUAGCUAGGAACAAGAAAAAGCGACAUGUAUUUGAUUCAAAGCCACCACGAUUCAG